AUGCGGCAGUUGAUUUACUCGCUGCGGCUGCUGCUGCUGCUGCUGGGUCUCCUUUUACUGGCCCACGGUAAAUCGACAAGUGUUGCUAUUUCUUAUAUCAGUGCAAUUACUCCGGCUACAUCUGCAGUCUUUAAUCAUUCCAACAGGUUUUACAGAAGAGAAAACACUCAAACUCUCCAUCUCACUCUUUCAUUCUGUCUCUCCCCCCCUCUCUCUCUCUCUCUCUCUCUCUCUCUUUCAUUCUGCCCCUCUCUCUCUCAAACACACACACACACUCUCUUUCUCUCUCACUCACUCUCUCUCUCUUUCAUUCUGUCUCCCCUCUCUCUCACACACACACACUCUCUUUCUCUCUCACUCACUCACUCACUCUCUCUUUCAUUCUGUCCCCCCUCUCUCUCUCACACACACACACACAUCCUCUCUUUCUCUCUCACUCACUCACUCACUCUCUCUUUCAUUCUGUCCCCCCUUUCUCUCUCACACACACACACUCUUUCUCUCUCACUCACUCAUUCACUCUCUCUCUUUCAUUCUGUCUCCCCCUCUCUCUCACACACACACACAUAUACACUCUCUCUCUCUCUCUUUCAUUCUGCCUCCCCUCUCCCUCUCCCUCUCUCUCUAUCCCUCUCUCUCUCUCUCACACACACACACACACACUCUCUUUCUCUCUCACUCUCUCGCUCUCGCUGGGGUCAGUUACUCGAUAUUCUUUGA